CUCCGCGUGAACACGUGAUCGAUUCCAUCGUGUAUAUAUAUACUCGUGAUCCCCACUUCCUUCUCGCAUUUCUCCUCCAAAAAUAAAAGAAGUUCCUUCGGAGGAGCAGCGGUCUCGCGCGGUCAACUAGCUACGCUCCAAUUCUUUUUUGAGAUAUAAUAAUAGUAAUGGACAAGGAGCAACAGCGCCAUGGCGAGCUCGAGGCGCCGCUGCUUCCCGGCGACGGCGGGAAGGCUGCCGCCGCGGCCGGAAGCGCUUACGCGCUCGUCUGCUCCCUCGUCGCCUCCGCCAUCUCCGUCAUCUACGGUUACAAUCGAGGUGUGAUGAGCGGGGCGCAGAAGUUCGUGCAGGACGACCUGGGGAUCAGCGACGCGCAGAUCGAGGUGCUCAUCGGGGCCACCAGCAUCUACUCCCUCGUCGGCUCGCUGGCCGCGGGUUGGGCGUGCGACUGCGCCGGGCGCCGCCGCACUAUGGCGCUCUCCGCUGCCAUGUUCUUCGCCGGCUCGGCGAUCACCAGCGUGGCGGGAGGAUACGCGGUGCUGAUGGCCGGACAGCUCGUCGCCGGGGUCGCGUGUGGGUUCGGCCUCGUCGUCGCGCCCGUCUACAUCGCCGAGAUGGCGCCGGCGGCGUCCCGUGGCUUCCUCUCCUCCAUCCCCGAGAUCGCCGGCAACGCGGGCAUCCUGCUCAGCUACAUCGCCGACUUCGCCCUUGCCGGCUUUCCCAACAACGUCAACUGGCGCCUAAUGAUCGGCGUCGGCGCCGUCCCGCCGCUAUUUCUCGCAGUCGCCACGCUCCUCGCCAUGCCGGAGACCCCGCGCUGGCUCGUACUCCACGGCCACCACGACGAGGCCCGCCGUGUCCUCGCCCGCACCACGGGCGAUGCGGCCCUCGCUGACCGCCGCCUCAAGGAGAUCGUUUCCUCCGCGCAGGAAAGCUCCAAGCAGGCCGUCCCCGGCGGCAGCGACGAGAGGACCCGGUCGACAAGCGUCUGGCGCGACAUACUGAUCCGGCCGACGCGGUCUGUCCGUCGCGUGCUGCUCGCCAUCCUCGGCCUCCAGUUCUUCCAGCAGGCGUCCGGCGUGGCGGCGCUCGUGUUGUACGCGCCGCGGGUGUUCCACCACGCCGGAGUGACCUCCCAGUCCGCGGUUCUCGGUGCCACGAUCCUCCUCGGCGUCGCCAAGAUUGUGGCCAUUGUGAUCCCGCUCUUUCUGGCCGACCGGCUGGGCCGGCGUCCCAUGCUGCUCACCAGUGCGGGCGGCAUGACCGUGUCUCUGCUCGUGCUAGGCUUCUCCCUUCGAGCGUCGCCUACGGCGCACGCGGGAGCGAGCGCCGCGUGGUGGGCCGCUGCAACGAGCGUGACGGCCGCCGCAGCGUUCAUGGCGACCUUCUCGCUGGGGUUCGGGCCAGUAAUUUGGAUGUACGGGUCAGAGAUCCUGCCGCUCCGGCUACGCGCGCAGGGCACUGGCAUCGGCACGGCGGUGAACCGGGUGAUGAGCGCCGUGGUGGGGAUGACGUUCAUAUCGCUGUACGAGGCUGUGGGCAUGGCCGGAAGCUUCUACAUCUUCGCGGGGUGCGCAGCAGCGUCCUGGGUUUUCGUCUACGCACUCCUGCCGGAGACCAAGGGGAGGACCCUCGAGGAGAUGGAGGCGCUCUUCGACGAUUCCGCCAACGACGCAGUGAUCAAUCAUGUGCGAGUGCAAGCAGGCGCGGCGCGCCCGGGGGGAAGUUUGUAAUUCUUACCGGUAAAGAAUUGUCACUGUUGGUGUUGGCCCGAUCAAGCAGUUUGUGGUAUUUAAAGCCAACCGGCAUCCCUAGUGACAAACCUAAAAUACAAUGUGAUGCUGAGGUCUCGGAGCACUGUCCAACUAAGAUUGCUAGUGACCCUAUACAAUGAUGUGAUAUCAUUGAUGGUAUUAAGCUUCUCAAAGCUUUUGUCAUUGUACUUCUCUGCAGUAUCGGUGAUAUUAUCAAUAGCGA